AUGAAAGAAAGGGACCCUUCAGGUCGCCCGCAGGACAACGCGGAACAACUAGAAAAGAAUUCCCCGACAACACUAGUGAGACAGCAGGAACACGAAAAGUCCAAGCCUUCCGCUGCAAAUGAAACCACCGAUAAAGACCUCUUGGUGCCUGCUGACAAGCAGGACUUUAGGCUAAAUCGAUAUGGAUUACAGAGAGUUCUCAAAUAUGGGUCAAAAUUGGACUUUUUGGUGUUUGGGGUUGCGACAAUAUGCUCGCUUGGGUCCGGUGUGGUUCUCCCAUUGAUGAACAUCGUAUUUGGGCAACUCGUUGGUGGCUUUAGCGGAUAUUUCACUACAGGGAAUGGUGUGUCACAAGAGGAGUUCACGAGUCAGACGAAUCAUAAUGCUCUCUUGAUUGUGUACUUGUUUAUAGGCAAGUUUGUUCUCACGUACAUUUCGAUGUUUUGCUUUCGGAUGGCAGGACUCCGUGUAACAGCAAACCUUCGUCGAGCCUACUUGCAAGCAGUCUUUUCUCUUCCCAUUAGCACGCUGGAUGAGAUCUCUUCAGGCACAGUCUCUACUACUAUCACCUCGUCGUCAAAUACUAUCCAGAGCAGCAUCGCUGACAGGCUUGCCGUUCUGUUUCAGUCACUUGGUCUGUUGAUCUCGGCUUAUGCAGUUGCAUUCAAAUACUCCUGGCAGUUGACCCUGGCAGCCACUUCCUCAAUAGUGUUCAUGCUCAUCGUCUAUACCAUCGGUUUUCCAUUACUUAUUAAAUCGCAAAAGGAGGCCAUUGAAGCAGAUGAGAAGCAUGCUUCGAUUGCUGCUGAGAUCUUUGGAUCAAUCCGAACAGUGUUUUCACUCGGUGCCAAGCGCGCAUUAUCUGAAAAGUACUUUCACUGGGUGGACAUAUCGCGCCAACGAAACGCAAGUAUGGCAUGGUCUAUGGGAAUACAACUCGGAUUGGGUAUGUUUGCAGUACCAGCAAACUAUGCCCUUAGUUUCUGGCUGGGGUUGAAUCUCUACGAAAAGGGGGUGAUUCAAGACAUCAACAUUGUUAUCACUGUAUUCUUUUCUGUUCUCCUUGUCGGUACAAUUAUAGGCAGCAUUGUCUUUCCACUCAUGCAAAUCACCAAAGCAGCCGCCGCUUCCACCGGAUUUUUCAAAGUGAUCGACAGCGAAGGUGUAUAUUUUGGUGGCCUGAAGGAGCCCGAUGUUUCUGCACAAGCUGAUAUCGAAUUCAAGGACGUGAGGUUUGCAUAUCCCACGCGAAGGGACGUCCCGGUUUUAAAAGGCUUAAAUAUUGUAUUCGAAAAAGGAAAAACAACAGCAUUGGUUGGGCCAUCUGGGUGUGGCAAGAGCACCAUUGUUGGGUUAUUGGAGAGAUGGUAUCAAGUUGAUACUACCCAGCAAGGGAAAAAUGGCGACACGGAUGACAACAUUGACAACAUUGACAAGCAGACCGGGGAUGCGUCAGAAUCGAUUAUUAACGUCGCUCAUAUAGCCAAGAACAGCGGUUCCGUUUUUGUCGAUGGCCACAAUUUAAACGACGUAAAUAUAAAGUGGUGGCGUGCGCAAAUCGGUCUUGUCCAACAAGAACCAUUUCUAUUCAACGAUACCAUCUAUAACAACGUCUGUUUGGGGCUGAUUGGGUCCCAAUGGGAAGAUGAGUCUGAAGAAGUCAAGCGCAACCUUGUUAAAAGUGCUUGCAAAGAGGCUUUUGCGGAUGAGUUUGUAGAGAGGCUUCCGGAUGGCUAUGCUACAAUGGUUGGCGAAAGCGGCAUCAAACUCAGUGGUGGUCAACGCCAACGUCUUGCAAUUGCUCGGAGUAUUGUUAAAAGGCCAACCAUCCUAAUUCUUGACGAGGCCACUAGUUCUAUCGACGUUCGUGGCGAGAGGAUUGUUCAACAGGCGCUAGACAAAGUAGCAGCAACACGUACAACGAUAAUGAUCGCCCACAGACUUUCAACAAUCCGCAAAGCUGAUCACAUCAUCGUUCUCCAAAAUGGAGCAAAGGUCGAAGAGGGGUCUCAUGAUUCAUUGAUGAGUAUAGAUGACGGACUCUACUUCAAUCUAGUCAAUGCCCAAAAAAUACUUUCGACGCCAACAGCUGAGACAGGCAGUGCAGAAAUAGAUAAUGCCAUUGAGACAGAAGGUUUGUUGGACAGGGAAACGACCUUGAAAGAUGACGAAGGAGUUCAAAGGGGAAAUGGUGAGAGAAUGGAUUACUUAGCAUUACCGAAGAUUGUCGGCGAACAAAAGUCGCUUUGGAUGCUUUGGGCCCCGAUUCUACUCUCUGGCAUGGGAUGCGGUGGGGCUUAUGCACUUGAGAGCUGGUUCUUUGCCCAUCUCGUCCAGGUUUUUCAAUAUACUGGACAGCAGCUAACAUCUUCCCGCAAUUUUUGGGCUUUAAUGUUUUUCGUACUGGGCUUGGCUGUUGCGGUCUGCUACUUUCUACUCGGUUCCAUGUCAACAUUGGUAUCUGCUAUAAUAACAUCCACAUAUCGAAAAGAAUACUACAACAACUUUCUCGCACAGCCUGUCCCUUUUCACGACGCCGAAAACAACUCUUCCGGCUCCCUACAAUCCAAAUUAACAACAGACCCAAAACAAAUCCAAGAAGCCUUCAGUGUCAACGGUGCUUUCUCUCUGAUUAGUAUCUGGAACUUACUCGGAUGCGUGGCAAUCUCGUUCUCCUUUGGCUGGAAGCUCUCGCUCGUGGCCCUUUUAGCAGCGCUCCCUGUUAUGUUUGUCGCAGCUUUCUUCCGCAUCAGACAUGAGAUCAAAUUCGAGGCAAUGAAUGCCGAGGUGUUUGCGGAAAGCAGCCAGUUUGCUACUGAAGCGAUCGGCGCAUUCCGAACGGUCUCGUCGCUGACUAUGGAAGACUACAUUUUGCGCCGGUUUGAAAACCUGGUCAAGGAGCAGAUCAGACGAGCUUUUCGCAGAGCCAGCCAUGCGACUCUAGUCUUUGCAUUAUCAGAUAGUGUGGAGCUAUGUGCUAUGGCGCUCACGUUCUGGUACGGUGGGCAACUUCUUGCCAACCGUACAUACGACCCUCUCCACUUCUUUGUAAUUUACAUCGCCGUCGUACAAGGAGGACAAGCCGCCGGUCAAGCAUUCAGUCUUACUCCAGUCUUCGGGCAGGCUACGGGGGCUGCAAAUCGCAUUUUCCGACUUCGAUCUCUCAAUUCUAAGCCAAAUAAUCAAGGAAGAAGCUCCCAAGAAAAGGUAAUAUCCACUCACCAAAAGCAAACAGCAGCGAGUGUCGAAAUAAAAAAUGUAGCGUUCAAAUACCCUACUCGAGAUGUGCCAAUAUUUCACUCCCUUUCUCUAUCGAUCACUCCCGGGAGUUUCGUCGCAUUUGUCGGGCCGUCUGGGUGCGGAAAAACGACCGUUAUUUCCCUACUCGAGCGAUUCUAUGAUCCUGUAGCUGGUACUAUAUCUUUCAAUGGCAUACCCAUUGACGAUAUCGAUGUGGCGGCAUACAGAAGUCAGAUCUCACUAGUCUCUCAGGAGCCGACAUUAUUCGAUGGCUCAAUUCAAGAAAACCUCCUUCUAGGGGUACCUUCAUCGGAUGAAGAAGACAGUGAAGACCUCGAAGCCAAGAUGGAACAAGCAUGUCGUGAUGCCGAAAUCCAUGACUUCAUCACCUCGCUCCCAGACGGGUACGCCACGCAACUCGGUAUACGAACACAAACUGCGUUGAGCGGGGGGCAGAAACAACGUGUUUGUAUUGCCCGUGCUCUACUACGGUCUCCGUCGUUACUCCUCCUCGAUGAAGCCACGUCAAGUCUAGACUCACAGUCUGAGAAACUAGUCCAGGGCGCUCUGGAUAGGCUAGCGGCCAAGAGAAACAUAACCAUUGUAGCUGUUGCGCACAGACUUGCCACGAUACAGAAGGCAGAUACAAUCUAUGUAUUUGGUGAGAGUGAGAGGGGGACUGGGAGCCGAGUGGUUGAAAAGGGGGGCCAUGAUGAGUUGUUGAGGCGGAGAGGGAUGUAUUGGCAGAUGUGUCAAGCUCAGGCCCUAGAUCGAUAA